AUGCCAUUCCGAAUCUUCCGCACAUUUUUGAACAAUGAAAGGACAAUUCAGCAGCUCUCCGACUCCACCCCAAUCCGUCUCGCCGCCAAAGCGAUCGUCCGUGGAAUGGCAAAAGUGGAGGAGAAGGUGGAGAAAGUAGAGAUUGGCAAAAAGUUGGAGAAAUUCAAAUCAAUUUACGAGGAGGAAUAUCAGAAGGCACUCAAGAAAUGA